CGCGUGUACCGUAGCUGUCUCGAAGGGAGGUAAUCGAGAGUCACUCGAACAGUUUCCGUUUGUAGGAAUGGGAGCUUGAGUGAGGCAUCACCAUUGACUGCCACUGAUUUUCUACUUUAAAUUCAUUUGAGCAUCAUUUAGUUGUCAUGAUGUUUGUUGGCGAUAUGUGCAAUAAAAAACGUCUUGCACUAUCAGCUGCGAUCUUCACUUUGGUGGUGAUUGUUACUGUUGCCCUUCGCAGUCAUUGGUCCUACACAGCCCAGCUAGAACAACAGCUCUUGGCACACAAAGCUAAAGCAAACAGCUCCUGUGGUACAGUUCAGCUGACUGUCCUUAGAGAGUGUGUUCACUGUCAACUUGAAGAAUUGCGAAAUGAAGAACCAUAUUGCAUGGAAACUGGCUUCAAAGAAUGGGUCAGAUGUGCCGAUGGCCGAGAGGUCUACAACUGGUGUGAUAUCACUCCUGCUGUGGAGGAGCGAACUUUCUGGAUUUUUGAACUGUGUACCUUCAUCAUUGGUGCCGCAUCAUAUACAGUUGUAUAUUUAAGGCAACGUAAAAAUGACCAGUUGUUGAUGGACAAAAUUAACCGACAGAUAGGCCUUACAACAUAACUUUUUUUCCUUAUUUGCUGUUAUGGUCAGACGUUUAACUUAUGUUGGCUGUGCACCUUCUUGGACCCAGCAUAUCAUCGCUGACUUAGCAGAUCGUAUGGUAGACUCUCUCUUGGAACACAAGUAACUGGCAAAAAAAUUCAAAGGAGUGAUACGUUAAAUGUGGACCCAACACCAUCCUCAUUCACUCCUGAUCCGUGUCGGCUACAUCAUCAGAUCUUGAUGUCCUAUACAAUGUCUGUCCAAUAAAUUCUCUACCCUUUCUUUAACAGUUUUAACCAUGUGAGGGCUUUUUGUGUUUUUAAAGUUGGAGUUAACAGAUCAUGUUAAGGAAGUUUAUCAAGUUAGAAAGUUUAACAACUAACUACACACUACAUUCACAAAACUUUUUUAAUACAACUGUAUAAUAUUAAAUUUGUCUUCAUCUGUUUUAAGUUGACUUUUUAAAUUUUGAUUUUGAUUACUAAAUUUUAAUAUUAAUAGUUCAAUACAGAGUUUAGGGUAUGGUGUAGUAUGGAGUGUAGUAUUGGGCCCAUUUUUCAAUCUUAACCUCAAUUUAGUCAGCAUAUAUAGGUAGGUGAGAGUCGAAUAUAUUUUAAUUAUUUGUAUGCACAGUUUAACUGCAGUUUCUUAUUGUGUGGGAAUGUGUUUGUGUGUGGUAUGUGCUUGAAUUUUGCAUGUUUGACAUGUCAGCAGGAUAAAGAUUUUUGAUCAUAACAUGAACUGAAAAUGGUUUUUAUGUGUGUGCAUGCUCAUACUGUAUGUAAAAUAAUCUUGUUUUUCCCCAACCCAAAAGAAAAGUCUUCUGAACAUUGAUAAUUUAUGUUAACAUUUGUGAGAAAUGAUUGUGUAAAUGCUGAGUGACGUGCAUUUUUGUGCACAGAUUCCCAUUUUCCCUGGCUUACUGAUUUUUUAAUGUUUAUUUAACUGUUUUUCAACAGUCCCAUAUUGAUCAGCUGCUGUGCAAGUCUUUUGUAGAUUAGCUGAUUAGCAAGAAGUCAUUGUGGUGUACAAUGCAUGGUGAGGAUUAAUAUCAGUUUUUAUCUUAUAGCAUGUAGUAAUGUACAAUGCAUAGCAGAGGGUCUGUCCCAUUGUAUUUUUUGGAGCGUAUUUUCCCCUAAUUCUGCAUGUUCCUUAUAUAGAGAUAGAUUUACUAGCUAGAUUCAGGUUGUUUAGUGUAUGAACCAAAAAAUAAUGUGACUCUUCCUGGUGGGGGAGGGGUAAAUCAAGAAAAGUAGAAUACAUUUAAUUUGUUUUGAACUUAGUUUUAAAAGUCCUAUUUUCUUUAAACAAACACCUGGAAGGUACAGAGAAAGACAAAUGUUAGACAUUAUUUCCUCCAUGUUCUACCAGCCAUCACAUGUCAACUACUGUGCAACUUCUAAUUGUUUUUUUUUUUUUUGAUCUGUUUCUUUUAUGUGGGUACUGUUUAUUGAUUUGGUAGCAGUCCUAUGCUCCAGUGGGCAAACAGGACUAAGAAGACUGUUUAGUAGUGAUGCUACAUAUGCAAACAUUUGGAAUGAAAAUAAUGCUUUCAUUUCAAAGUUACACUGACAAACAUUUUGUUUAAGUUAUUUUUUAUGUUAAUUAAGAUGGGUCAUUUAAUAUAUCAUUUCCAGAGUUUUUCGUGUGUGAAUAUUUUCCUUUUGGAUAUUUUCUGAGUUUGGGAAAUGGUCAAAUUGUGAAUUAAAGGUAAGGGUACUGUCAAAGUUUUUGAAUGUCUGCAUUAGAAAUAUGCAUAAUCUGUAUUGAAUGAAUCUUUGUGAAAGAAAACUUUUCUUUAAACAUAAACAAAAUGCCUUUUUUACCUCCUAACAGCCAAUUAUUUAUUUUUGCAUAGGAAAUCUUCAAGUGUAAGAUGUGUAACUGAAGCACUAUUCCCCCAUCCCCAACAAAAAAAAAAAGUUAAAACAGUGAUAAAAAAAGCCAAGACCACUUUAGUACUCUUGCCAAUUUUUGCAUUCAGGCAGCCAGCUGCUUAUCUGCUGGUCAGUGUUUUGAUCAUGUAACCAGUCUUACUGUGUAUGGCACAGUAAGCAUUUAUCAGUGCAUUAGAAAGAUGAUCGGAUGGUCUCCAGCCUAUUAGUGACUCAAUCCACAGGUUCAUCAAUCUGUUAUUCACCCUUCAGUGAAAAGUCAUGAAUAGAGAAUCUGACCCAGUGCUGCCAUCAAUAUUCCAUUUUGAAGAAAUUAUUCAUCUAGCAAUUAAUAAAUUAAAUGUCGUUUUGAAAUAUGUUUGCCCUCAGAUGAGUCCUUGGGGCCACAAUUCAUUGCAAAAAGUAUUAUUUGGAAGGGAUGCAGGAGUUUAUUUUCCUUUCUCUUCCUUGUGAAGAGUGGUGGUACAAUUCAAUCGAAAUUUCAUAUAUGAUUGAAAUAAAUAUUACAUGGAAAAAUUG